AUGACAACAACACAAUUCGAAUUUUUACCUAAUGAAUUAAUUCAUUAUCUCUAUGAAUAUUUGGACGAUUAUGAUAUUUAUUUUGCAUUCAAUCAACUUAAUCAACGUUUCUAUAAUUUGAUAUCAAAUCAUUGUAAAUGGUCUUCAUUGAAUUUUUUAAAUAAGAAUAAGAAAAGAUUCAAUCAAAUAUGUCAUGAAGUACUUCCAAAUAUUACAUAUGAUCAUAUUUUAUCUCUUUCUUUAUGUGAUUAUUAUCCUUCAUCAUUCAUAUUUUCACAUUUAAUCAAUCAAAUUUCAUUAUUUUUUAAACAAUUUAAACUUGAACAAUUUAUAAAUAUUCGUAUAUUAAAAUUAUUUGAUAUUCAAACAGAAUCACAUUUAAUUGAAAUUUUAUCAUUUUCAUCAAACUCAUUACAUCAACUUUAUCAUUUACACAUAAAAACUUAUCAAAUAUCAGCAGCUAGUAUUGCUCAUAUUACUUUAUUAUUUUCAUCAUCAUUAAAACAAUUGAUAUUAGAUACAAAUUGUGAAAUACGUUUUUAUAAUACAGAAAUAUCUAGAUCCAAUAUUGAAUAUUUAAUAUUAAAACAAGAAAUUCAUUUUUAUGAUUUAAAAUAUUUUGUUGAAUAUUUACCAAAAUUAAAAUAUUUAAAUAUUAUGUUAUCCGAUAUAAUUUAUUCUGAUAAUAUACAAUUAAUUGAAUUAGAAAAAUUAGAUUUAAAAAUUCAUUCAAAUGAAACAGUAGAAAAUCUUCAACAUUUUCUAAAACAAAUACCAAAAUUAAAAAAUUUGAAAUUAAUUGGAUAUAAUGUUAAUGAUAAAUUUAUAUAUGGACAUAAUUGGGAAUUUCUUUUAUUAUCAUUACAAAAAUUUCGUUUUAUCUUUCAACAUGGUAGUGAUUGUUUGAAUAAUGAAAAAUCUGUCGAACAAAUAUUAGCAACAUUUCAAGGAUUUGAUAUGGUCAUUCAAUGUAAUUAUUCAAAAACGUCUAUAGUCGUUUGUACACUUCCUUAUGUAGAAAAUUAUCAAAAUUUAGAAUUUGAAACGAAAUCAUUAUCAAAUAAAUUAUGUUUUCAACCUUAUAGAAAUGUACAUAAACUAAAGAUUCAAGAAUUACCAAGUGAUAAUCGUUAUUAUUCUACCAUUCAAUCACUUGAACUUUUUAAUAUUAUAUCCAAUCAAAAUAUUCAAAAUUUAUUUAAAUAUGUUGAUCUUACAAGAAUUAAACAUAUUAUUUUCUUUGGUGAUUUAAAUUUAUUAACAAACAUAUGUCAAAUAACAUCAAAUUUAAUAUCAUUAGAAAUAACAAGUGAAUAUCCAACAUUAGAAUUUCUUGAUUCAAAUAUAGAACUAUGUCAAAUAUUUAAACAAAAAAUAAAACAUUUAUUUAUAAUUUCAUAUGAUUGGUUUCCUCAAGAAAAAUUAAAACAAUUGUAUAAAACAUUUUCAAAUUUAGAAGAAUUAACAAUAUCAUUGAAAUCAGGUAAUGAUAUUAUUGAAUUAAUUAAUCAUUUAAAACAUUUAUCUUAUUUAACAAUAUUGUAUGAUGAUCAAGAAAUAAGAGAAUGUGAUAGACAGCGUUGGUUAAAAGAAAAGACAUGGUUAACUACUUUCUCUAUAGGAAAUUCGGUUGAAUUAGGACAAGAUAUAAUGACAAUAUGGAUUGAAUAG